AGUCUUUCCUAUAUGAUGACCUUCUGCCCGCCUUCCCCCGCACAGGUCUUCUUUGAUGUGAAGAUCGGAGACAAAGAUGUUGGCAGAAUUGUGGUCGGCCUCUUUGGGAAAGUCGUGCCCAAGACGGUGGCAAACUUUGUUGCUUUGGCAACAGGAGAGAAAGGCUAUGGCUACAAAGGAAGCUCCUUCCAUCGCGUCAUCAAGGACUUCAUGAUCCAAGGAGGAGACUUCACCGCGGGCGACGGCACUGGCGGUGUGAGCAUUUACGGCGAGACGUUCCCAGACGAGAACUUCAGGCUGAAGCACUAUGGCAUCGGGUGGGUCAGCAUGGCCAACGCCGGGCCCGACACCAACGGCUCCCAGUUCUUCAUCACCUUGACCAAGCCCACCUGGCUGGACGGCAAACACGUGGUGUUUGGGAAGGUCAUCGACGGGAUGACGGUGGUGCACUCCAUAGAGCUCCAGCCCACCGACGGGCACGACCGCCCGCUCACCAACUGCUCCAUCGUCAACAGCGGCAAGAUCGACGUGAAGACGCCCUUUGUGGUUGAGGUCUCUGACUGGUGACACGCUGGCAGAAAACGAGGGUCACGCUCUGGCACAGAUGUGUGUGUGUGUGUGUGAGUGUGCAUGCGUGUGCGUCUUUCAGGUCUUCAGAAUUUUGCUUUGUUUCCUUUCUCUUACUUUUCUACCCCAGAUCACAGAAAAUGAUAAAAACCAACCACUCAGUAUUUGCAUGAAUUUUAGUAAAUCACACACUUAGGGACCUUGAACUUGAAGGGCCUAUCUUCCACUGGUGCUAUUUU